AUGGCAGCUUCAGUCUGUUCGUAUCAUGCUUCGCCGCUGCAUUCACUCAAUCUCCCGCACCACCAACAGCCACCACACUCCACCAUUCCAAUGAUGGCCAGAAAUCGGGGACUGAAUCGACAACAACGUAGAACGGCGGUGGUGAGGUGCAGUGUAGGAAUUGAGGACUUUAUUGGAGGUGACCUGGUGAAGUUCGAUCUGGGAAAAUGGUUGUCGGACGUGGAAGAACACAAAGCCCUAGCUAUAUAUUGUCCGCACGAGGGAGGCUACGAGGGGCGGUACUUCACUAGGCUUAGGUACCAGGGCUACCAGUUCUUGGACCUCUCCGCCCGUGGGCUCGGUGACCCUGAGACCACUCUCACCAAGGUUCACCCUGUUUGCCCGGCUCACGUUGGGAAGCAGCCAAUAGCAAGGUGGUAUUUUCCACCAGAAGUUGAUUACAGGCUUUCACAACUUCCUACAAACGCCAAAGGACUGGUUGUUUGGAUACUUGAAGCCAAGGUUUUAUCGAAGGCUGAACUGCAGUUUCUUGCCCUCCUCCCUGCACUCCGGCCUAAAGUCAGGGUUAUUGCAGAAUGCGGAAACUGGAGAAAGUUUAUGUGGAGGCCACUCAAAGAAACUGCAGGACUACAAGCAACUGAGGAAGCAUGA